ACUUCACCAAAAGUCUCGAAAAGGGGAAUUCUUUAAAGGAAGCAUCUCAUCUCCCUGCAAAAACAAACAGGAAACAGCUACAAAAUACCCUUUUCUCUCUCUCAUCUGUUUUGAUUCUCUGCAAAAACAAAAAAUCUAUCUCCAAUCAAGCAAGUAAGGUGGAAGAAGAAAAUUGGAGGUUGGUGGUGAAGUUGGAAAGCUGAAACCUAUCGAUUUUUGAGUUAGAGAUCUGAGAGAAAAGGAGAUUCGCAGCAGAUCCAAGGAUUAUUGUUGCUGUUAGCUGAACAACCCGGAUUUAAUUCGGAUUUUGUGGAGGAUAUGUAUUUGUAGGGUUUUUAUGCCAGAAAAAGCUAAUAAGCUUCGUUCGUGAUCUGCACUAGGGUUUUGGAAUAUUUAUAAUGGGGAUUUGUUGGAGCAUCCAAAUUAAAGCCGAGAGCGCAUUUUCUACUGGUGACGACUCUAAGAUUGCAGAAAGAAAUGGGAAUAGUAAUUCAAGCAGCAAAGUUUCUUCUGGUUCUCAAUCACAUACACCUCGAAGUGAAGCUUCAAAGCCAGGAACUGGCAUUGUAAUUGCUGUAAAGAGACUGAAUCAAGAAGGAUUUCAAGGACACAAGGAGUGGUUGGCAGAAAUCAACUAUCUUGGACAAUUACGCCAUCCUAAUCUUGUGAGAUUGAUUGGUUAUUGCUUAGAAGAUGAUCACAGGCUUCUUGCAUAUGAGUUUAUGCCAAAGGGUAGUAUGGAGAAUCAUUUAUUUAGGAGAGGUUCUUAUUUUCAACCUCUUUCUUGGCGUCUACGCAUGAAAGUUGCUCUUGGAGCUGCAAAAGGUCUUGCUUUUCUUCAUAAUGCUGAAACAAUGGUGAUAUAUCGAGAUUUCAAGACUUCAAAUAUUCUCCUUGAUUCGAACUUCAAUGCAAAAUUAUCUGAUUUUGGAUUGGCAAGAGAUGGACCAACUGGUGAUAAAAGUCAUGUUUCCACUAGGGUUAUGGGAACCUAUGGCUAUGCUGCUCCUGAAUAUUUAUCCACAGGUCAUUUAACUGCAAAGAGUGACGUAUACAGCUUUGGAGUAGUCCUUUUGGAAAUCUUAUCAGGGAAAAAAGCAAUAGACAAAAACAGACCAACGGGUGAACACAAUUUAGUGGAAUGGGCAAAACCAUGUCUCACAAACAAAAGAAGAAUCUUCCGGGUCCUGGACCCACGUCUCGAGGGUCAAUACUCACUUGGGCGGGCCCUCAAAGUCGCCAGCCUGGCACUUCAAUGUCUUUCCAUGGAACCCAAACUGAGACCAAAUAUGGAUGAAGUCGUCUCCACCCUACAAGACCUUCAAGACACUGAUAAACGUGACCGUAGGGACCCACCGGUGCACCGUGGCGUGGCUGCGGGUGGUGGUGGCUCGUCGGCUAAAAAAGCAAGCUCUUGUAGACAAGAGGUGGGACCCGUGGUUGCUUAUCCUAGACCUUCCGCUUCUCUUCGUGUUUGAGGGGUGUAAUAGUCUUUUUACUUGGUCUUACUUGGUGUACAGUUUUUUUUUUGGUUUUUGUGUACUUUGUGAGUUUGUUGGAGGUUUAAGAGUAUGUUGUGAAGAUGUUUAGAUUAUAUAAUUACUAGAAAUUAAAGAUUGAAUGAUUGUGAUGGUAAUGAUGAAAAGAAUUUAUGUUAUUA